UUAUAUCAUGAUCCCCACCUUCUAACAAAACAAUGCUAUUUUGUUUCUCUAUAUAGUUCAUUAAUGUUUGAUUUCAUUUAAAUCAGCUUGAAAUCAUUUUGAGGCCGACUUCAAAAUCUAUAAGUCUAAAGUCAUCGGUUUAUAGUUGUGUCAAACAUUUUGGGAAGCAGGAGGAGAAUCGAUACUCGCUAGUCUCAUUCUUCAUGUCAGUAACGUCUGAUAGCUCGGAAUCGUCUUUUGAGAUGGAGGAGGCAGUAGCAGACCCUGUACUUCUUACAUCUACCAAUUACAACAGUUGGAAAUCUUAUAUAGAAACUAAACAGAUAGAUGGUGGAUCAAAAUUCAAACGAGUAUGGGGAUAUCUGUAUCCGGGUCCAAGGUAUUCGCUUGAUCUUGAGAUAGACAAGAAAGUUCUUAAAGAGAUAAAACUGUCGUGUAGUGAAGAGAUGUUACAACAUAUUUUGUAUGCCGAGUAUUUUGCGGAAGCUUGGGAAUGGUUAAAAGAAGCAGUAGAUGCCGCAACAGAAGAAAAAGAGAGGUAUUACAAUAUGAUGGAGAUAGCAAUAGCAUCAAGAGCAAAAGCAGAUGAAGUUCCAGAAGUUGAUAAAGUUUUGACAAAGCGAAAUUAUGGAAAAUGGAAAAACUAUAUGAAAAACGUACUGUUGAGUAAAUAUCUUUGGGUCGUUGUGGAUGGAAGUGAACCAAUUGGAUCACGCACUUACAGGAUAAAAAAUCAUAAUGCCUUGGCAACCAUUCGAAUCUCAUGUGGGAAAGAAAUGUUCGAGCACAUUUACGAAGCAGAUCAUGCUCGUGAAGCUUGGUUCAAGUUAGCAGACGAGCUAGGAGGAGGUACCACUUCUACAAAAGAAAGAAAAAAAGGUUAGAUCAGGAAAUGAUUUAUGCACCGGGGUUCUCCUGGCCCGGGUUUAAUACCGUGUGAGACGAAUGGUGGGUAUCAUUUUGACUCAUCCCUAUCCUACUGCUAGAGUCAUUCUCGACAGCCCUUUGAUUCCCACACAUGAUUAAACCCGGUAGAAUCUGUUGUCAACGUAGAAUCGCUGACCGUGAAUACCUAAAGAUGAGAAUUUUAUGUAUUUAUUGGCUUAGUUAGCAUGCCCUCUUGGUGCCUUUGGUA